GAUCCACGGUAAACAACAGGAUGAAGAGGUUUCUAUAUAUCGUCCUGUGUCUAACGGUGAUCGUAAAAAAUUCGCUACUGACCCACAGCGAUCUAGCGUUGUCGCGAUCGUUGAUACUCUCAGGGCAGAGCUUAGACUGGCCUUGUCAAAGUACGAAAAACAUUUACGAAACCAGUGGACGAUACAUCGCUAGAAACGUGAUUGCCACCAGAGCACAAGUGUACAAGGACGAGGCUAUCCUGGCUCUGCCACGUUACAAACCGGGUGUACCCUUCACUCUAGGUGUUAUAUCCUUGCAAUCGAGCGAUUGUGCACCGAAGGUAGCUCCUUUCCCUUGUUGGGCGAUCCAGGAAGAAGGAAACUGUCAGGCAUUGCAGAGUGCCGUCGACAUUGUCCUAGAUAUGCAAGACAUCCUUUGGGUUCUCGAUGUCGGUAUCGUCAACACUCUCGAACAGCCUGUAAGAAGAUGCCCUCCUAAAGUCGUCGGCAUAAACGCCAGCAGCGGCAAGGUAGUAAAAGUAAUCGACUUGAGUACGUUGGUUGACGCGUAUUCCCGUCUACAAUACAUGGUCGUCGACUAUGCAACCGAUGGCCAGGUGUACGUGUACGUUUCUGACGCUGGUACCAGAGCCAUCGUCGUCUACAACGUGACAGCUGACACCGGAUAUCGCGUGAUUCUUCCUAGUGCCGUCGCUUCCGGCAUGGAGAAACCGGACGCGUUGUACAUGGCGUUAGUGAGAAGAAGCUGCGGCACCCAGGUCCUUUAUUUCACCUACCUAGGCUCCAACAGGAUGUUCGCGAUCAAGACUAGCAAUUUGAGAACCGGAAAUGCCAAUGGAUCCAUAGUGGACAUUGGCGGAAAGAAAAAGAAAAUCGUGCUACUAGGUACCGACAAUGGAGCAGCCAUCUUCUUUCGAAUAAAAGGCGAUUCGAAUAUCUACAUGUGGAACACGGAGACUCCUUUCGUUUCGGAAAAUUUCCUAUUGGUACAGAAAGCUGGUGAUUGUAGAUUGCCAACCGGGGUUAUUCCAGGCUAUAAAGGGCUCAUGUGGGUGAUUGAGAGCAACUUCCAGGACUACAUCGAUAACGCAGUCAGUUGUUCAGGUGCGUCGGUGUCGCUGCACCCUCUGAUCAAUACCUGCGACGAUCAGUAUUGAAUAAAGAACCUGCAAUAAAACUGAACCGCUUAAUCGGUUACAAAUUCUCAACAAUUGUUACCCUUUCGAAUUUUUAUACUAAAG